GUUGCAUUGAUCUUUUCUGAUCCAUCACUAUGCAGCAUAAUAGACGGCAUGUGAAACUUUGGUUAGUCCAGGGUUAACGAUGAUAUCAUCGACGUUAAAGCGUCAGCAUGACGACUUAGAGGAACACAGCUACCCCUAUAAUAAGAGUCGAAAUACAGGUUGUUAAAAGACAUUUUCAACCUGGACAAAUCAUACACUUAAAGAAUAUUAUUCCAGUUGAAGGGCAGGUAGUUACCAACAAUAAGAACUCAAUAUGCCUUCUGGUACCGAAUCCGCAAAGCAGAAAUUCAUGGGCGGUGUUGAGAAAACCAGAGCUGCUGUUGACGACACUACAAAGCAGAAUACCCUCAACAGUAAGCCGCCUGCAGGCGGCGACAACCCGAAGGCCGGAGGGUCUUCAUUCAGAUCAAUCGCCAAGGGCGACACUAGUUCGUCGAACUACGAUCCCUCAAAGGGUCCAUCUACCUAAAGAUGCUAUCGCGGUUAUUUGGUUUCAUAUUAUGUACAUAGACGGAUGAACCAGCAAUGUCACACCCGUAGUAAUACAUUUUACCUCACCCAGCCUAUCGCAUUUAUAUAGGGG